GGAAGCCAACGGAAUGACCUCGCUCACAAGCAGCAAUGAAUUUGACUUCAGCAAGUGGGAUUUCCCAGUCGAACGCAUCUGGCUGCACAAGUCCUACGGUGAGAUCACAUGGAAGAUCUGCACUUUUGUGCCACUGAUUGCCUUUGGUCUGUAUGGAAACUUCAUUAUGGUAUAUCUGAUAGCCGCCAACCGCUCCUUGAGGUCGCCCACCAAUCUGAUCAUUGCCAACAUGGCUGUGGCGGAUCUGCUGACCUUGGCCAUUUGCCCGGCUAUGUUCAUGCUGAACGACUUCUAUCAGAACUACCAGUUGGGCUACGUGGGUUGUAGGAUGGAGGGUUUCCUCGUGGUGGUAUUCCUCAUCACAGCCGUUCUGAAUCUCUCGGUGGUCAGCUAUGAUCGUCUCACGGCAAUAGUUCUUCCCAUGGAGACGCGUCUCACUGUGCGGGGUGUCCAGAUUGUGGUGGUCUGCACUUGGAUCCUAGGAAUCCUCUUUGCAUCACCCUUGGCUUUAUAUCGAGCUUAUAAAGUGCGGAUCUGGAAGAACUUUACGGAGCGUUAUUGCAAGGAGAACACCUCCAUUCUGCCCAAGUACUGGUAUGUGCUUAUCACCAUCCUAGUUUGGUUGCCUUUGGGCAUUAUGCUCAUCUGCUACAUAGCAAUAUUUUAUAAGCUGGAUCGAUAUGAAAAACGAGUCCUAAGUCGCGAGAACCCACUGACAGUCAGCUAUAAACGCAGCGUGGCGAAAACACUUUUUAUUGUGGUCGUGGUUUUUGCAGCUCUGCGGCUGCCAUUCACAAUCCUAGUGGUUCUGAGGGAAAAAUACUUCGGCGAGGAUGUCUCCGUAAGCAAUGGAAUGCAACUCUUCUGGUACAUCUCGCAGUACUUAAUGUUUCUAAAUGCCGCCGUAAAUCCGCUGAUCUAUGGAUUCAACAAUGAAAACUUUAGAAGGGCCUACUAUCAAAUCUCGUGGGUUCGGCGGUGGAGGGAGGCUGCGAAAAUGAAGAAACUUUCUGGAACAUCAAAGCAUUGCUGCUACUGUGACUUUAUGAAGAGGGGAAAACCCAAGACAGAUGAACCACAGCAGUCAGGGAAUGUUGAGAGGGAUAUGAGUAAGGAGUUAUCCACAGAGGAACCAACGGCCAAGUCGACUGAGAGAAUUCGAGAUGAUCCGGCUGAUUUACUUGCGACAGAAAUCGAGGCAGAUGGGUUUAUAUAGGGACCACUUUAAAGUUAUAUCACCAUGGUAAAACUUAUAAUUUAAAAACUACCAAAU